CUUAACUUUUUAAUUAACAGUAUACACCAAACGGAUGAAUGCCUUGGGAGCUAAACAACUCAUUCACAGUCAUCUUUUUAUCAUUAUGCUUCUUCUCACUCACCCUCAGUAUCUUCAAUCAUCUUCAUCUUUUAUCACAUUAUUUCUGUGUCUGGAAUCAGUAGCAUCUUCAUCAAUCCCAUCGUCAAAUGGAUAAUCCAAUAAACGAUUGAAUUAUCAACCAUUCAAAUUGUUUCCCAACUUUUAAUCAACUUUUCUAUUGAGUGGUGCUAUUAUCUUAAGUGUACCUAGUAUUACCAUUGGUUGUAGCAUUCAACCGUUUAUUGGUAAUCAUGGAUGUGCAAUUCAACGAUAACUUUAUCCGUCGUAAAUGGAGAGUCAAAGAUGAUGUGGUCAUCUCUGGAAUCUCUGGACGGUUUCCAAAAUCCGAGUCAGUUGACCAAUUUUUAGACAAUCUAUUCAACUCGACUGAUAUGAUGAGCGGUGGAAAUGAGCGUUUCCCUGCAGGAAGCAACGAUUUUCCUUACCAAAGCGGUCAAAUUGGUAACCUAAACAAAUUUGAUGCCAAACUUUUUCAAAUCUCUGACCAUCAAGCUGACCUUUUGGAUCCACAAUUGCGAAAGUUACUUGAAGUCUCAUAUGAAGCCAUUAUUGAUUCAGGUCUGGACGUUGACUCUUUGAGAGGGACAAACACUGGUUUCUUUUAUGGUUCAUCUUUCCAAGAAACUGAUAUGGCCUGGGGUGAGGAACCAUUGGAUGUUCCCAACUACAGACAAAUCUAUACAACUUUGAUUCCCUACAUUUAUGACCUCAAAGGACCAAUUUGCCAUUUCGAUACAGCCUGUGGAUCAAGUUUUGCAGCUCUCAAUGAAGCCUUCACAGCAAUUAAAUCAGGCCUGUGUGAUAAAGCUUUGGUUGCUGGUUACAACAUUUGCUUGGUUCCAGUUGUUACCCUUCAAUUUCGUGAUCUUCAAAUGGUCUCCAGAUAUGGCCGAUCAAAAUGUCUCGAUGAAUCUGCCGAUGGAUAUGGAAGGUCAGAAGGUGUUUGCUGCAUUUUACUGCAAAAAUCAGCCGAUGCCAAGCGCAUAUACUCAACCAUUGUUAACUGUCGCAGUAACACUGAUGGUUAUAAAGAUCAAGGAAUAUCAUUUCCUUCGGUUAAUCUUCAACGACAAUUAAUGUAUGAAACUUACACUGAGGUUGGACUGGACCCAACUAAAGUAUCCUACGUUGAAGCCCAUACAACUGGUACUCAAGCCGGUGAUCCAGUUGAAAUGAAAGCGAUUCAUGAUGUCUUUUGUAUCAAUCGAGAUAAAUCAAAGCCUUUAAUGAUUGGUUGUUUAAAGUCAAACAUGGGUCACUCAGAAGCAGCUUCAGGCCUUUGUGCAACAAUUAAAGCCAAUUGUAUUUUCCAGAAAGGUUUAAUUCCUGGUAAUUUACACUUUUCCAAGCCUAAUCCACGAAUUGAAGGUUUGAUGAAUGAAACAAUAGUUCCUGUUAACUCAACCACACCAUUUGAAGGAGAAAUUAUUUCCCUCAAUUGUUUCGGCUUUGGUGGUGCAAAUGUUCAUGUCAUUCUGAAAGGUCAUAAUAAAAAGUCUUCACCCGAUGAUUAUGCCAUAACAUUACCAGGAUUACCUCGAUUAAUCAACAUUGCCGGUCGUUCAAAUGAUGGUGUUCAUUUCAUACAAAAUUUCCUUGAAAAAUCUCAGCGACUUUUAACUAAACCUUUUCUUGGUUUAUUCAAUCAAUACUCAAAAACCCGACGAAUGCCUGUCCGUGGUUAUACUCUGGUUGAAGGUGAAGUCGGACGUUACAAGUUUACUCAUUUCCUUGGAGAUAAUUUUGACUUGACCCAGAAUAAAAAGGUUUACCUGACUGCAUCAAAUAAUUUAAUGAACAUCGACUCUUCGUUCAGAAAUUUACCAGUUUUUUCACAAACCAUUGACCGUUUAUCAUCAUACUUGCAACCCUUCAAAGUAAAUCUAUCGGCUUUAGUUUAUAGAGAGAAAAGAAUCACAAAUCCUUUGGAAUCAAUUGUUACUUCAAUUGCUAUUCAAUUGGGAAUGAUUAAUUUGUUAGAAUCGAUCAAACUGCCGAUUGAAGGUGUUUUAACUCGCUCGAUUGGAUCCUUGAUAAAUCUUUAUUUGAAAAACUCAUUAAGUGAACAAAAAGUAAUCCUUAUCGCUUAUUGGUUUGGACAUUUUAUACAAAUUGCUGAUCAAACGAUUGUCAGUCCAGUUUUAGAAGUUCAAUCAUCUUGGGAUCAAAUUAAAUCAUUGUGUUCACCCACAAUCCGCUCCAUAAAGGAAUCGGACAAAUCCUGUUUGAUUUCAGGACCGUUUUCGGAAUUGGCUGAUCUAACAAUUUCAUUGAAAUUGUCAAAAAUUCCUUUCAAAUAUCCUGUCCAGUCAACUGAUUGUGUUGAUGCAAAUGACUCUCAUCAUUUUACUGGAUCAACAAAUUUCCUCCUCAACCCGGGAAGCAAUGGAUCUUUAGUUUCGUUCAAGAACUAUCUAAUAAAGCAGAUUCUUUAUCCUGACAAUUACAUUAAGACGAUGGAAAUUUUAAAGGAUGAAGAUAAAACUUCAGUCAUUCUUCUCAAUAUGGAUAAUAAGCCAUUUAAAUGUUCAAAGACAAACAAUGAACUUGCAUUGAAUCAAUUCUCUCAAUACAAUUUAUCAGACAUUUCAAGAGGAGUUAUCUCUGGACAGAGUUUAUUUUCAUGCUUGGGUCAACUCUAUUCAAAGGAAGGCCUCAACUAUUGUCUUGAAAAUCUAUAUCAACCAGUAAAUUAUCCAGUUCCCGUUGAUACAUUAUCAUUACACUCGUUAAUUAAAUUUGACCAUUCAAAUGACUGGAAAGUGUUCAAAUUUCCCGAAUAUUUCAAUCCAUUCCGAGCAUCAACAAGCGUUAAUUUUAAGGUUAACCUAGCAAAUGCAGAAGAUUGGUAUCUUUCUGAUCACAAGAUUGACGGACGAAUCCUUUAUCCAGCAACUGGUCUCUUAAUGGGUGCCUGGCAUGUUGCAGCCAAAUUUCAUCAAAUCCAAGUAACUCGAUUUCCAGUUGAAUUUCGUGACAUUAAAUUAAUCAGAGCUACCGUUUUACCCGAAAAGGAAGUUAAAUUUACUGUCCAAUACUUGCCUUACAAUGGAACCUUUGCAAUUAUUGAAAGUGGUACAGUUGUUGCUACUGGAAAAGUGUUUGCUCAUCCUAACUUGGAAGAUGUAAAAGAUUCAUUUUCUAAAUUAUCCCAACUCGAGAUAAACGCUGACAAUGAGGUUAUGCUUGGUGAACAAGAUAUUUACAAAGAGCUCAGAGUUAGAGGUUACGAUUAUGGGCCCAGUUUCAGAUGUUUAAACUCUGCUUCUUCAUUCGGGCUCAAAGGAACUGUAAAAUGGUGUGAACCAACCAAUACUCAGCUUAAAGCUGCAUCCAUUGUGGAGCGAACUCACGAUUCAACUUUUCGGUUUCUUAAAACCUGGAUAACAUUCACUGAUUCAGCCUUGCAGUUGAUUUUACUUUCAAAUCAACAUAACCGUGAUUUGUAUAUUCCUACUGGUUUUGAAUCUUUAGUUUGCGAUCCAACUGCUAUCAUGGAGACGAUUAAUUGCUUCAAUAAAAGUCACCAACCUAACGAGGUACAAAAGGCUGAUUCUGAAGAUUCAAACAAGAAAACAGAGACUCUUUGUCCUGAGUUCACUGUCACUCAUGAUCCAAUCACUCAAACCUUGUCAACUAAUGGACUUUGGGUCAAGGGUUUGUUUGCUUCCGAUACCAAUAGACGAAACCAAUCAGUUUCUCUUGAAUCGUACGAUUUUAUUCCAUUUAAUGAGACUUCAGCUGUUGAUGAAAUGACUCAGAAAUCAAUUGAAAGAUACUCCACUUUAAUUUAUGGACUUAUUGCUGUCUUGAAACAAAAAUAUCUUGGACUUGGAUCAGUAAAAGAAAACGAAAUUGAAUCUCUUCAAAAUACAGUCGAUCUUACACUAGAUCAGCAUUCAUUUGCUAAUUAUCUACUCUCUUUGAUUAGAGGAGAAUCGCCAUCGAUCGAGAUUACGAAAGCAUUACCGAAUGAUUUAUUAAUCGGUAGUAAUGCUAUUCUUCAUAGUAACCAGCGAUUUUUGCGUCCAUUUGUUGUUACUGCUGCUGCUCAUGAGUGUUAUGCCGGUGAUCCUUGCUCUAAAUUGAGUGUUGUUGAAAUUAAUGAUUCUCAAGGGUUCCUAGUUGACUCUGUUAGAUCGUUUGUCGAUGCACAAUCAUUAGGCUCAAUGAAACUUACCUACAAUUUGGUUCGAUCAAGUCCUGUUGAUCAAGAAACUGCUGAUAAGCUUUCAGGUACAGUUAACACGAUUAUAUGGAAUCUAAUUGAAUCUGAAGCACCAAGUCAAUUGGGUAAAAAUGAUUUGGUUAUAUACAAAUUGACAAAUGGCUCUGUUGACCAGUUGAUUAAAUGUUUGGACAAAAUUUAUUCAAUCAUGAAACCCAAUGGCAAUCUUCUCAUUUUAACGAGAGAAACAUCAACAAAAUUAACCGACUUGAAAUCAACUCCUUUCCUGGGAAGUCUUUUAAAAGAUUACAUUCCAAAUGUAGUUGAUUCAACUGAAUUAGUCAAGAAAAUUGAAGCUAAUCAAUGGAUCUGCAUGAGCAUACGUUACAUCGAUUCUGAUUUGUUACCUUUGACUGGACUCAUGUUUAAAAAGGCACCAGAUUCAAUCAAGGUUGAGAAACACAAAGUUAUUCAUGUUAAUCCAUUUGAAUAUUCAUGGCUUGAUGAGCUGAAAAGUUGCCUCAAAACUGAAGAUGAUUCGCUAAUUUGGUUAACUUCAAAGUAUGAAUCAGAUACAAGUGUUAUUGGUCUUGUUAAGUGUUUAAGUUUAGAGCCAAAUGGACAAAGACUUCGCUGUAUUGCUCUUCGACCUGGUUCCAAAGGAAUUGAUUUGACUUCUGUCAAUUUUAAUAAGUCGCCAUUUGCUGAAAUUGCUGCCAUUGAUUGUAAAUUCAACGUUUUUGAUGACAAAUUGGGUUGGGGUGAUUAUUGUCACCUCGAAAUCCCAUCCAAACCAGAAAAUGAUAAAAAAUGUUUAACUGUAGCAAAAGAUGCCUACAUUCAAUGUCUAACACCGGGUGAUCUUUCCUCGCUUGUGUGGACACAAUUUAAUCCAGUUGCUGAUUUUAAUAAAGGCCAAUCGUUAGUGCAAAUCAAUUAUUCCUCGCUUAAUUUUAAGGAUGUUAUGCAUGCAACUGGAAGAUUGCCUUCAAACCUUAAUCCAGAUUGGCGAUCUCAGGUUCAAAUGCAAACACCUAUUGGUUUAGAGUAUGCUGGUGUUGAUGCUAAUGGCAAUCGAGUCAUGGGAAUGCUUCCUUAUCGAGCCUUAGCGACAAAAGUGGUUCUUGGGCCAAAUGAUUUUACAUGGCCUGUUCCAUCAUCUUGGAGUUUGGAAGACGCUGCAACUGUUCCAGUUGUUUAUGCCACUGCUAUUUAUGCUCUUCUUAUUCGUGGACAACUUAGAGAAGGUGAAUCGGUACUAAUUCAUGCUGGUACUGGAGGUGUUGGUUUGGCAGCUAUCAAUAUUGCUUUGAGCAUGAAUUGUCGAGUAUUUACAACAAUCGGAUCAGAAGAGAAGAGAGCGUUUCUUGAGAAACACUUUCCUUCUUUGGAUGCUACAAGCUUUGCACAUUCUCGUAGUACUUCAUUCGAGGAACAUGUACUUCGUCAUACAAAUGGUUAUGGUGUUGAUGUUGUUCUUAAUUCAUUAUCUGAAGACAAACUUCUAGCCAGUGUUAGAUGUUUAGCACCAGGUGGAAGGUUCCUUGAGAUUGGUAAAUACGAUAUAAUGCAAAACAAUAAACUAAAUUUGGGCCUAUUUGAUCAAGGAAAAACCUUUCAUGGAAUUUUAUUAGACUCAUUUAUUGAUCCCAAUGGCUGGGUCAAUGGUAAAAAGGCAUUAAUGGAACAAGAAAAGCGUAAAAUUGACACAUUCAUGGAACAAGGAAUUGCUAGAGGAACAAUCAGACCUUUACCAAGAAAAGUUUUUGAAAUCAAUGAGGUUGAGAAAGCUUUUCGUUUCAUGGCAACUGGUAAACACAUUGGUAAAGUACUGAUCAAAGUGAAGCCAGAAAAUGACAGCAAAGACCAGAAAAUCUCUACACAAGAUAAUCAAACAUUUUCACCAGCCACAAAUCCCAUUCUCGGUAUCACAUCAAUAAAAUCUCCUCAAUUCCACCCAAAUAAAGUUUACAUCAUUGUUGGUGGUUUUGGAGGAUUCGGUUUAGAGUUGGCUUGUUGGCUGGUUAGAAAUGGUGCUCGUCAUUUGGUUUUAAAUUCACGAAGCGGUCCAAAAUCUGCUUAUCACCACUACUGUCUAAAAAGAUUUGCCCAGCUUGGUGUUCAAACCACGAUCUCGGAGCACAAUUUAACCAAUCAAGAUGAUUGUUACCAUUUAUUUGAGCAAAUAUCAUCUCGUAGUAUUGGUGGAAUAUUCAACUGUGCAUUGGUUCUGUCUGAUGCUUUAAUGGCAGACCAAAAUGAAGAAACGUAUGAGAAAGUAUGCUCAUCUAAAGUUAAAGUUACUCGUAAUUUGGAUCAACUGACUCGAACUUUUGCUCCUGAUUGUGAUUAUUUUGUCGUCUUCUCAUCAGUUGCAUGUGGUCGGGGUAAUCCAGGUCAAACUAAUUAUGGUCUAGCCAAUAGCUACAUGGAAUCAAUUUGUCAAGAGCGUCAUAAAGAUGGUCUUCAUGGUUUAGCCAUUCAAUGGGGUUUUGUUGGUGAUGUUGGGUUUGUUGUUGAAAAAAUGGGUGUCAAAGUUGAAUCGAUUCGGGGAACUGCAGCACAGCGUAUUCAUUCGUGUUUCUCGGUUCUUUCACGAGCAUUGGCUUAUCCUGUUCCUGUUUUAUCAAGUUUGGUUCGUUCAUUUGAUAAAAAAUCUUUAGCAACAGACUCUGGAGAUAUAAUUAAAUCAAUAAGCCAUAUUCUUGGCAUUAAAGACAUCAACUCACUUGAUCCUAACAUUACCUUAGGUGAACUUGGAAUGGACUCGCUGAUGGCUAUUGAAGUUCAACAAGUUCUCGAGAAACAGUUUAACAUCUCAAUCAAUUCACGGGAAAUUCGGGCUCUAAAAAUAUCCAAACUCAAAGAAUUCUCUAAACAAGUUAAAAAUGGUACUCAAGCCGCUAGUGUGAGUCCAGGAGAAACCAAUGAUUCCUCAAAUUUACCUCUGAAUCCACUUUUAUUGCUGCAAAUCCCAACAAAGCUGACACACAAUUUAAAUGAACACAAUCAAUUUGAUAAAUCAACAUCGCCAGUAUAUUAUUUGCCUCCUAUUGAGGGUAACUAUGAUUUGAUGCAAGGAUUGAUUGAUGGAGUCAAAAGACCAGUUAUUGGACUCAACUGGACUUAUGAUUUAGCUCCAUUUACCUCACUCGAAGCAGCAGCCAUUUAUAUGGCUGACCAACUGACUAAACUACAUCAAAGCGAUGAUAAAAUAGAUAUGCUUGGUUAUUCAUUUGGUGGACUUGUGGCUUUUGCUGUUUCAAGCGAGUUAGAAAAUCGCUAUUUGACAAAUAAUGGGAAAGGACCAAUUGUUUCCAGAUUAGUUUUGAUUGAUUCUGAUCCUGAAACAUUAAAACAUGCAGCAGCUACUCUUGUACAUACUCAUGCUUGCAAUGAUUCAAAUACUCAAGAAGUUGAAUUUAUAAAAUCUACUCUUAAACGAGUAAUGCACAAAUUGGAUGUCGAUCAAUUUGACUCGGAACUGAAAAGCUGUCCAAACCGAAGUGAAAGAUUUGCUAAAUUUAAAACAAUUUUACUCAACAAUGGUCUUGAUGAAGUUAAAGCAGACAGUAUAGUUAAAAUUAAUGAAUUAACUCUACAGAAAGGACAAUUAACUCUCAAGUAUAAGCCAAAAAUCAAAUCGCAUUUAUUUAAAAUUUGUCAUAUCAGAGCUAAAGAUGAUUUAUCUACCUUUAAAAAUGUCACAAACGGAAUCAGGUUGGGAACCGAACGAUUCUUCAAUGGAAACCAUCAUACAGUAAUCGCACAAAAUUUGGAUGCUAUUAACAAAAUUGUGGAUGAAUUUUUCACUGGCCAAGAAGGCACCAACUCUACUCAAGUUCAAAAUUAAAGCUGAAUACCCAGUCAACCCAAACUUAUAGCUCAUACAAACUAGAGCCAACGUUACCAAUGUAACCAGCACAUGAAAUGAUACAAAAAUCCUCUUUGCGUUUUUCGCGUAAAACACAAUAUUUUAAUCUACACAAGAGUAUCGAUAUCUACCUCAACAGUGUCGGUACCGAUAACUGGUCAAUACUUUAAAAACAUUUGAAUUGUUAUUAUUAAUUAACAGCUCAGUGGUAAAUUGAGGUAGAGUUGAAAGAUCGAGACCUUUUAGAUAUUAUUUAUUUUGUCAUUUACAAAGUCUGUAUUUUUAUACGAAAGUGUACAAUACUGAUGUUGCCAUCCAACUUGUCAGUUACCUCAACCGCAUUUCUGUCGUCUAUGUGCUAGUUGACUGGGUAAUCAUAAUCACUUUAUUUAACAAUGAAACUAUUAUACUCUAUCAGUGGUUUUGAAUGUAUUAUUUAAGCUAAAUUGUUGACGUUUUUUCUCAUUCCGUAAUGAAAAUUUGCUGGACAUUUUGACAGAAAGCUGAACCAUUAUGAGACGAAAUCUUGUUUUUUAAGCUGCUUCGUCGAAAUAUUUGAAAAAGACGAAAUUGCCGACAAAACUUGCUUUAAUUCAUUCAUUUCCUGUAUCAACUUCCAAAUUAUUAUCUUUAUAAUUAUUGAAUCCUGAGAGGUUUACAAACUUUAAAUUUAUACAAUUCAUGUAUUUACUUGAACUUCUAUACAUUACCACUUCAAAAAUUAAACUAAUAAUAUAAUUAAUAGAAUUUUAAAUUAAUUUCUAUAAUACAAUGUUUAACCAUGGUUUAAUCAAAGUAAACUGAGUUCAAGAUUUUUGUACUUUUCUGAUUACUUUAAAAUUCUUAAUUCGUAAUUUAUUUUCACAUUUACAAAGAAGUUGAAGAUUGAAGGGAUUUUUAACAAUAACUCUCCCUGAUUGAAUUGUAAUAAAUUACUAUAAUGGAAAUCUCAUGCUUUCAAUAAAGCGUCAUCAAGAAGUAACAA